CCUUGGGCCCUGCUCCUCCCCGCCGGCGGGGGGGAGAAUGGGGGAAGGCGACCGUCCUGUCGGGCUAUAAAGGGCCUUGGGCCGCGGCGGCUCGCCUCAGCGUCCUCCAGCCCCGCCCUAGAGGCCUUCCUCUCGGCUCCAGCUCCCGUUCCCGCUCAGGCGCCACGACCUCUCGGGCCUCGGCUACUCGGACUGCGGCAGAAGAUGGCGGCUCCGGCGGAGAGCUAUGAGGCGGCGCUGGCUGCUGCCUUGACAGACGUGCCCGAACUAGGCCGACUUCUGGAGAUUGACCCGUACCUGAAGCCCUUCGCCCUGGACUUCCAGCGCAGGUAUAAGCGGUUUAACCAGACUUUGAACAACAUUGGAGAGAAUGAAGGUGGUAUCGAUAAGUUUUCCAAGGGCUAUGAAUCAUUUGGCAUUCACAGAUGUGCUGAUGGUGGUUUAUACUGCAAAGAAUGGGCCCCUGGAGCAGAAGGAGUUUUUCUAACUGGAGACUUCAAUGAUUGGAAUCCCUUUUCCCACCCAUAUAAAAAACUGGAUUAUGGAAAAUGGGAGCUGUAUAUACCACCGAAGCAGAAUAAAUCUCUAAUAGUACUGCAUGGAUCCAAAUUAAAGGUAGUUAUUAGGAGUAAAAAUGGAGAGAUCUUGUAUCGUAUUUCACCAUGGGCGAAGUAUGUGGCUCCUGAAGGUGAUAAUGUGAAUUAUGAUUGGAUACACUGGGAUCCAGAACACCCAUAUAAAUUUAAACAUUCCAGACCAAAAAAGCCAAGAAGUCUGAGAAUUUAUGAAUCUCAUGUGGGAAUCUCUUCCUAUGAAGGAAAAGUAGCUUCCUAUAAACAUUUUACAUGUAAUGUACUACCGAGAAUCAAAGACCUUGGAUACAACUGCAUUCAGUUGAUGGCAAUUAUGGAGCAUGCUUACUAUGCCAGUUUUGGUUACCAAGUCACAAGCUUCUUUGCAGCUUCAAGCCGUUACGGAACCCCUGAAGAGCUAAAAGAACUGGUUGACACAGCUCACUCAAUGGGUAUCAUAGUCUUCUUAGAUGUGGUACAUAGCCAUGCUUCAAAAAAUUCAGAAGAUGGAUUGAAUAUGUUUGAUGGGACAGAUGCCUGUUAUUUUCAUUCUGGACCUAGAGGGAAUCAUGAUCUUUGGGAUAGUCGAUUAUUUGCAUAUUCCAGCUGGGAAGUUUUAAGAUUUCUUCUGUCAAACAUAAGAUGGUGGUUGGAAGAAUAUGGCUUUGAUGGAUUUCGUUUUGAUGGUGUUACAUCCAUGCUCUAUCAUCACCAUGGAAUGGGUCAAGGCUUUUCAGGUGAUUACCAUGAAUAUUUUGGACUACAGGUGGAUGAAGAUGCCUUGGUUUAUCUCAUGUUGGCAAAUCAUUUGAUUCACACUUUGUAUCCAGAGUCAAUAACAAUAGCUGAGGAUGUUUUAAUGCCAGCUCUGUGUUCUCCAAUUUCCCAGGGAGGGUGUGGCUUUGACUAUCGAUUAGCCAUGGCAAUUCCAGAUAAAUGGAUCCAGCUACUUAAAGAGUUUAAAGACGAAGAUUGGAAUAUGGGCAAUAUAGUGCACACACUCACAAACAGACGCUACCUUGAAAAGUGCAUUGCUUAUGCAGAGAGUCAUGAUCAGGCACUCGUUGGGGAUAAGACACUGGCAUUUUGGUUGAUGGAUGCUGAAAUGUAUACCAACAUGAGUGUUUUAUCCCCUUUUACUCCGGUUAUUGAUCGUGGAAUACAGCUUCAUAAAAUGAUUCGACUCAUUACUCAUGCACUUGGUGGAGAAGGCUACCUCAAUUUCAUGGGCAAUGAAUUUGGGCAUCCUGAAUGGUUAGACUUCCCAAGAAUAGGAAAUAAUGAGAGUUACCAUUAUGCCAGAAGGCAGUUUCAUUUAACUGAUGAUGACCUUCUUCGCUAUAAGUUUCUAAAUAACUUUGACAGAGAUAUGAAUAAAUUGGAAGAAAGAUGCAAUUGGCUUUCAGCUCCACAGGCCUAUGUGAGUGAAAAGCAUGAAGCCAAUAAGGUCAUUGCUUUUGAGAGAGCAGAUCUUCUUUUUAUUUUCAACUUUCAUCCAAGCAAGAGCUACACUGAUUACCGAGUCGGAACGAAAUCGCCAGGAAAAUUCAAAAUUGUGCUAGAUUCAGAUGCAGCUGAAUAUGGAGGACACCAGAGAUUGGACCACAACACCGAUUUCUUUUCUGAGGCUUUUGAACAUAACGGGCUUUCCUAUUCUCUUUUGGUAUACAUUCCAAGCCGAGUGGCCCUCAUCCUUCAGAACGUGGACCUGCCUAACUGAGGAGACCUGCAUUCAGCCUCACAGGCGGAAGAUGUGUGUUUUGUUUUCCUGUUCUCUUUGUCACAUUGCUUAUAAUGUGUAAGCAUUUCAAAAUACAGUGUCUAGCCAAAACAUCAAAUGUUUGAAAUUCAAUAUUGGUUUAUGCAAAUGAAUAUCAAACUUUUUUUAAGAAGUAGAGGGGAAUAUUUUUUAAAUUUCUGGGAUUCUAGACCAUAUUUUCCAGAUAUCUAAGCAACUAGGAUUCUGAAAUGAAGUAUAAUAUAUAAUGUCUUUAAACAGCUUUAUUUACCUGGCCAAUUAUUUGAUGCUUUUAAGUUCAAAUUUGAAUCAUGUGUCAUACAUGAUUAUUUCUGUUGAAUGUAUGCAAUAUUUUUUUUAAGGUGGAUAUCUGGUGGCUUUGUUCUAAUAUCUCAAUUUAAAUUACAUGGUACCAAGAUCGUUAUAAUGGUUUUUUUUUCAAACUGUUUUUAGAAAUACUGUACUAAAUAUGUAGCAAUAAUAUAAAAUUAAAAAUUCUAUAUAGCUAAUAUAAAAGUCAUUAUCCAUGAACUUAUACAUGCUUCAUUUUGCAUAAGUUUUAUUGUAAUCUCUUGUUUGCGUAGUAUCUUGGUUGAUGCCAAUAUCUCUUUCUGAAGGCCUGAAUUGGUAAUUGUAACAUUUCAGAAAGUAUCUUUUACUUUCAGUCAAUAAAAAAAAAAAUUGCAAAAUUG